UUUAUGAUGUCAAACAUUUCUACACCUUUUGUGCUUUAACAUGUACACAAAAUUGUCAUAUCCGGGAGUUGGCCUCGCCGGGUGGUGAAGAGUUGAAGAUGUUCUGCACGGAGAGCUGUGAGCACGGAUGCAAUGCAACCUCGUCGGGCAAGCUGAUCGCCAAUGGAAACGGCGGUGGCCUACAGUCGCAGGGAAACUCACAGCAUCAGUUCACCAUGUCCUAUGCUCCACUGUCGACCAACGAUGUGUCCUCCAAGACCGAGGUGGAGCCACCGCGACUGGGCAUGUGCCUGGUCACCGAGUGUCCAGAGGGUUUGAGCAUUGACUGCAAUGUGCCACUUCCGAAUUCUUUCAAUUUGGAUGAGUACAAGAAUCACAUGAUCUGCUCGAGCUGUACCCAGUUCAAUGGUGGCUUGGAUAGGUUUGGCCAGCCAGGUACAACCGCUCCAAGUGCCAGUCCUAGUGCCAAUCCAUAUCCAACUGCGAUGCCCAAUCCCAUCCAGGCCUCUCCUUGCAGCUUUCAUGGCCAGUGUUGUUCAGCCGGAGGACCCUGCACUGGAUGCGAUUCGCAGCCCAAGCCAUCAAGAUGCUAUCAACAGGAAUCAUCGUUGGCUCAAGGAGCCCCAGCGAUGCCGCAGAUCUUUUGCCUGGCACCACCCAGUACCCAUGGUGGCGUAAAUCAGCCCGUUUACUUGUGCAGCCUGAUUCCAGUGCCGCCAUCGUGGAAUCUGGUGCCGAUGGCCCAACCGCAGCACUUGCCGCAUCAGCAGCUGCUGACGAAUCCCGCACAGGACUCGCAGCUGCCGCUGCAGCAAUUGGUGCAGUACGACCUGUCCUUCAACCGCCUGCUGUCCGAAUUGCGCAAGGAACGGGAGAGGUCCUGUUGUGAGCUGCAGAUGCCACAGCCUCUGGCCUUCCAGCUGUAUGCGCCCACGGUUAGGUUUCUAGAUCAGCCAGAUGCCAGUUCGGCGAAGAGAGGGCCUCAGUGUCCGCCGGCAGCUCCUUGUGCUCCUCCAGCUGCACCACCACAACCACCAUCCUUGUCUCCAUCCCCACCAGCCACAUCUGCCUCCGCCGCCGGGCUGCCCAGAGCUCGUUCGGCCAGCCCGAAGCGCAGUCGUUCGUGUCUCCGGAACAAGGAUCUCUGGGACAGUGGCGCAUCCGUACCAGGUCCUUCCCCCUACUCCUCGCCCCCCCAACAUGCGACCGGAAAUGUGUGCAUGAAGUGCGGAAACUGCUGGCACUGUCCGCGCUGCAACUGCUCCAACUGCUUCUGGCAUCCCGGCUUGGUGCGAGCUCCUCCAAGAGAUGGUCGCUAGGGAAGGGAAAGAACUGCAGAAGAAUACGCACUCCUACACUGUAAAAGAAGAAAGUGUAAUAAAAUUUCUGCUCCUAUUU